AUGGCUCCACUCCCAGGGGGUUGUUACUGCGGUCUAAUAAAAUACACCAUCACGCUCGAGGACCCGGAGUUACAAGCACGCACGAGCAUCUGCCACUGCGGUAACUGCAAGAAGUUCACGGGCGGCGAGCACGGUAUCACAACUAAGAUCCCUAAGUCGGCAUUUAAGAUCACCCAAGGGGUGGAUCAUGUAAAAAUACACGAAGCGGAUAACGGGAGCGGCGUGUUGCUACAUCGCGAGUUCUGCGAUACGUGUGGCGGGCCGCUUUUAGAAUACGGUGGAAACGCGGGCGAUAAUAUAUACGUCUUCUACGGUACGAUGGAGGACCACGCCCGCGGCCAGGUCGAGCCCAAGGGCGAGUUCUUCUGCAAGCUGCGGGAUCCGUGGAUGCCGAGCGUCGAAGGGGUAUUCCAAAAGCAGGAGAUCAAGCAGUAA